UUCGAAAUAUAUUAAAGGACUUCAUAGCAAAUAAAGAAUUUAUGUAAAAUCCUAAUCUCCUAUCUUUCCCCAUUCUAGGGUUUCCUUCUUCACAGCCAACCGAACAGCAGCCUCUCCCCCCCUCCUUCCCCACUCACCACAAACACACAGCCAGCCAUCAUGGGUCGUAUGCACAGUCGAGGUAAGGGUAUUUCUGCUUCAGCACUGCCAUACAAGAGAACUCCACCAAGUUGGCUGAAAAUAUCUGCACCAGAUGUCGAAGAUAACAUCUGCAAGUUUGCCAAAAAAGGUUUAGCACCUUCUCAAAUUGGUGUUAUUCUUCGUGAUUCACAUGGUAUUGCUCAGGUGAAGAGUGUAACUGGUAGCAAGAUUCUCAGAAUUUUGAAGGCUCAUGGACUUGCUCCUGAGAUUCCUGAGGAUCUCUACCACCUUAUCAAAAAAGCAGUUGCAAUUCGGAAGCAUCUUGAGAGAAACAGGAAGGACAAGGAUUCCAAGUUUAGGUUGAUUCUUGUCGAGAGCAGGAUUCACCGACUUGCUCGCUACUACAAGAAAACGAAAAAGCUUCCACCAGUCUGGAAGUAUGAAUCUACCACUGCCAGUACUCUCGUGGCAUAGAGAGGAUGGAGGCAUUUGGGGUGCUACUUUCUUUGUCGAGUCAUCUUUGAAAUUCUAUAUUAAGCUGUUUUGGCAUGCCCAGGAUAGUUUGGAAUCGUAUCAAAUUAUGUACUCGAGGGGAUGAUAGGCGUCAUUUAGUUUCUUGUUUGAGAUUGUGACAUUGAGACUUGUUAUUUGUGGUAUACUUUUGGUUUAGCUAUGUCAUAAUUUUCAUCUUGCCAAAUUCUCAGUAAAGCUAGAAAUGCUGGAAUCUGGAUAGUGGUUAUAUGCUGCUCUCUGGUACCGUUGACCUGUGUCAGCUUAUUGGUUAGCCUUUAUCGUUCAACAGUCCCUAGUAAAUUUCUGAUUCUCUUUCCUUGAC